AUGAUCUUGAAGCCAGCUUUUCUCUUUGCUAGCGUACUUGCUGUAACUGCGGAAGAGAUAAUCAAGUCAGAUGCAUACCGUUCCAACUCCGAUUGCUCUUUGGGAAAGAAGAAGCAUGGCGUAAAACUUAGUGGUACUCACAAUCAGCUCGACAAGGACUCGACAAUGACCGAUAUUUUAGACUCCGUGACACGUGGUGACUGCAAUCUCCAGAAGACGACUUCUGAGGAUGGGACCAUGACCGAGUUGCUUGAAAUAAUAACCUCAGGAGCACUGGACCAAGAUUCUGGUGUUAUAUGUGGAUGUAGCAAGUCGAAAGCCACAAAAAUCUGUUCAAAAUCCAGAAAAACCCAGAAGCAGAUGUUUGAGAAUGACGCGAUUUCCCAGAAUCUUGCAGAUUUGCCAGAUUUACCAGUUGGAAAAGAGAAGACUGUUAUUUACUACUGGAAUGAUUUCAAUGGAGAUGAAGCUGUCUGA